AUUAUCUGCCCUCGCUGUUCAGUGCGCAGAGCCUGCGCGCGCAUCCUUUGUUGGCGCUGUUAUCGUGUUAAAAGCGCGGCGACCAAGCUGUGUCGUGUCAUAUGUGUUUCUGCCAUGAGCUGCAAUAAACGGCUUUCGCAUAUCGGCGUCUUCAUUGUAACAUUGGCGACGAGGGUGGGAUGAAGCAGCACUGAAGCUAUGGCCACCACUUACGGCAAGCUGCCGGAGUUCUGCCCGGACUCGGGAAACAUCGACGUCUACCUAGAAAGGUUCGAACUAUUUGCGAAAGCAAAUGGAAUAGACGACGGAAAGAAGCUUGAAGUCUUCCUGACCAUAAUAGGAGAGAAGGCCUACGUGACACUGCGUAGCUUACUGCUGCCGAAAACGCCCACCGAAGUAAAGUACGAAGACGCCAAGAAGGUGCUGCAACAGCACUACGCCCUGAAGCGGUCUGUGGUCACUGAGCGAUACCACUUCUACAGGCGGAACCAGGAGUCAAAUGAAACCAUCGCACAGUUUCUUGUGGAAUUGAAGAGGCUCGCCGCGACAUGUUCUUGGAAUUUCCUCCAAGAAGCGCUACGGGACCGCCUAAUUGCCGGACUACGGAGCGACACCAUCCGAUGCCGUCUUCUUGCCUUGCCCGACGACGAGGUCACCUGGGAACGGGUGUGCAAGGUAGCCACCGCCAUGGAGGCUGCACAGAAGGACACCCAGGACAUGCUGUGCGACAGCGCCGGGGCCAGCAACGCUCAACUGCACUGGCAAGGAAGCCAAGGGAAGCCUAACGCAACCAGCCAGGUACUAAAAAAAAACUAUACGCAAAAAACUGCAGUAGAGUGUCAUAGGUGCGGUGGUCAGCACGCUCCUACAAGGUGUCCAUUUGUAAAAAGUGCUUGUUUUAAGUGUUCUAAACGUGGUCAUGUCGCAAAAAUGUGCAAAACGCGAGUUGUUCAGGCUGUAGAAGUACCGGCAACAGAGCAGGAUUUGCAGGAUUUGCUGACUAUAUGUCAAACAAACAGAGCAGGCAGUCCGCCUCCCAUAGUAGUAAAAGUAAUCAUAAACGGUCACGAAGUACCGAUGGAAUUGGACACGGGGGCUGCCGUUACAAUCAUGUCUGAAAAAGACUUUGCAGAGAACUUCCCUGACCUAUCGUACAACUGUGAGGACGUAAAACUCGGAGUGUACAACGGCACCGCAAUCAAUGUAAGGGGCGUUGCCCAAGUCGAUGUGAAGUGCGGGAAGCAAAGCCACCGCCUACCACUUGUCAUUGCCAAGUAUGAAGAAGGGGUGCGCAUGCCUGUGCUCCUCGGUCGUGACUGGCUCGCAAAGAUAAAAGUGAACUUGCCUGAUGCCUUGCAGAAACUGCAUGAGGUUGCGCUUAAAGUACAAGCAGUCGCGCCUCUAAAAACUCAAGGAGCUGUAGAAGCAUUAAAACAACAGCACGCUGAUGUUUUUCAAGCAGGCUAUGGUGCUAUAAAAGGAUACAAGGGUAGCAUUCGCACGAAAGAGAAUGCAGUUCCAGUUUUCUGUAAGGCGAGGCCUGUACCGUAUGCCUUGCGAGAACAAGUGGAAAAAGAACUGGCGGAACUAGAGAAGGCUGAAGUAAUUUACCGGGUGCGGCACAGCACCUGGGCAACGCCACUAGUAAUUGUGCCCAAGAAAAAUGGACCAGAAAUAAGGAUAUGUGGUGACUAUAGAGUCAGUGUGAACAAGUGCAUCGAGGUAGAUCACUAUCCCUUGCCACUUCCUGAGGAUAUCUUUGCAUCCCUGGUGGGAGGAACCGUGUUCACUGUGUUAGACUUGGCAAAAGCUUAUUUACAGCUGGAGUUGGACGAGCAUGCCGAAGAACUUCUAACGGUUAACACGCACAUGGGUCUCUUUAGAUACCGGCGGUUGCCGUUCGGCGUUUGCGA